GUUAAAAGAGACAGACAAUUAUCAAUCAAAAUCAAUAAAAUUAUUAUUAUUAUUAAUGAGAAAAGAGGGGGAACUUUUGGAAGUCCCCUCUCUCUCUUUGACCAUGUCCACCACCUUCAUCUCCUUCUUCCCUUCUUCCUCCUCUCUGCUUUAAGCUUUCCUGUAAUCCAAUUGUAUAUCAUCAUGUUUCGCGAUUUAUAAUCCUCCGUCUUUCCUGUACCCCCGUUUGAAUUCUUGCAUUGAAUAUACAGAAUCCCUUGGUUCGGGUCAAUAAAGUUGGGAUCUUUUUUCUUUUUCUCAUUCUCUCAAUUCAGCAAUGGGAACCUGUUUUUCCACCAUAAAAGUGUGUGGUUCCGGCAGCAACAACCCUCCUACCACCGCCAACAACCCCAAGAACCGCCGCUCCUCCGCCGCUUCAACGGCUACCUACGGAAAUUCUUCCACGACUACAUCGAAAAAACAAGAGGGGUCCCACAAUCGUCAGAAUCCGCGUGAAAAUAACAAGGAUCAUCAACACCAGAAGCAAUCCCAGCACGUAAUUAAGAAUACUUCGAAAAAGUCAAGCGGGGUCAUUCCGUGUGGUAAAAGGACAGAUUUUGGGUAUGAUAAGGAUUUUCAUACGAGGUAUACCAUCGGAAAAUUGUUGGGGCAUGGCCAAUUUGGUUAUACCUAUGUUGCUAUUGAUAAGUCGAAUGAAGAUCGUGUUGCUGUCAAGAGAAUAGAGAAGAACAAGAUGGUUCUUCCUAUUGCGGUUGAGGAUGUGAAGCGCGAAGUCAAAAUAUUGAAAGCUUUAGCUGGCCACGAAAAUGUGGUUCACUUUUAUAAUGCUUUUGAGGAUGAUUCAUAUGUAUACAUAGUUAUGGAGUUAUGUGAGGGUGGAGAACUGCUCGACCGUAUAUUAUCAAAAAAGGAUAGUCGUUACACGGAGAAAGAUGCAGCAAUUGUUGUGAGGCAGAUGCUUAAAGUAGCGGCCGAAUGCCAUUUACAUGGCUUUGUACAUCGUGAUAUGAAACCGGAGAAUUUCUUAUUCAAGUCCGCAAAGGAGGAUUCACCCCUGAAGGCUACAGAUUUCGGCCUUUCAGACUUCAUUCGUCCGGGCAAGAAAUUCCAAGACAUUGUUGGUAGUGCAUAUUAUGUUGCUCCAGAGGUUUUGAAGCGCAAAUCUGGGCCCGAAUCAGAUGUGUGGAGCAUUGGUGUAAUUACUUAUAUUUUGCUUUGUGGCCGAAGGCCAUUCUGGGACAAAACAGAAGACGGCAUAUUUAAAGAGGUCCUCAGGAACAAACCUGACUUCCGGCGAAAACCAUGGCCAGGAAUAAGCAAUGCUGCUAAAGAUUUUGUGAAGAAGCUUCUAAUGAAAGAUCCUCGUGCAAGACUUACUGCAGCUCAAGCCUUAUCUCAUCCAUGGGUUCGAGAAGGAGGUGAAGCUUCAGAGAUUCCUCUCGACAUUUCUGUUCUAUCCAAUAUGCGGCAGUUCGUCAAAUACAGUCGGUUCAAGCAAUUUGCACUUCGGGCACUGGCCAGUACACUUGACGAGGAGGAGCUUUCUAACCUUCGGGACCAAUUUGAUGCAAUCGAUGUGGACAAAAAUGGUGCCAUUAGCCUUGAAGAAAUGCGACAGGCCUUGGAAAAGGAUCUUCCUUGGAAAAUGAAGGAUUCGAGAGUUGUUGAAAUACUCCAAGCGAUUGACAGCAAUACCGAUGGGCUUGUAGAUUUCUCCGAGUUUGUUGCAGCCACUCUGCACGUCCAUCAAUUGGAAGAGCAUAAUUCGGAAAAAUGGCAGCAGAGAUCACAGGCGGCCUUUGAAAAAUUUGAUGUCGACCGAGAUGGGUUCAUAACUCCAGAAGAACUUAAAAUGGUAAGACACACUGGCCUAAGGGGCUCGAUAGACCCGCUUCUAGAAGAAGCUGAUAUUGACAAAGAUGGAAAGAUCAGCUUAUCUGAAUUCCGCAGGCUUUUAAGAACCGCCAGUUUGAGCUCACGAGGUGUGAAGAGCCCUACUGCCAGAGGAGCUGCCCACAAGAUAUAGAGAAGAACAUCAUCAAGGUAUUUUGAAAGAGUGCUAGCUUUUUUGAGUGGCCCAUAUUUCAUUAGAUGCUUUCAUUGGUGGAUAAUUUCCAGAAGUUGGUGCUCAAGAAAGUAUAAUGAGCAAAAUCAUCACAACCCCUAAAUGUACAAAAUCUUUUGCGCUCAGCAAUUGCGGCAUGGGGAGAAGGCUUUUGUUGUGGUAUUGUAAAUUCUUGCUUUUUGAGUAUAUCUAGUUUGCCUUUAGGAGAUGAUGUUUCUUUUCGGGAUGUGCAUUGCCACACUUAUAUCUAUAUAUAUAUGGUUUACUUGGUAUUUUGAGUACCGAAUUAGUCGUCCCUUGCAUUGUAAUUCCUCCCUUGCAUUGGCAACAAUUUUAUUAUUUGCUUCUAUAUGUGAUCUUGUAUGUCCAGUAUAUAAUUAUUGAUUGAUCAUUAGAUCUCUUUUCUUGCAUUCAUUUUGCGCCUUUUUUCUCUGUUCACUUGAUCUUUCCAUCAUCAUCAUUCUUACUUUUGUUUUUGGGACCGCUUGUCUUACCAAAUGUGAUCCUGAGCAAAUUGGUAAGGGUUGCCAGUCCGUAACGGAGCAAACAGUUGGCUCCUUAGCAUUAC